UCUUUCUAUGUUCUUGAAAAGUACUCCAUUUCAGAGACCUGCAAAUUUGUUUUCCUAUGGGGUUUCAAAUUUAUGUGUGUUUUUCUGCUAAUUGUGUGUCUGGGCUUUUUUUGUUUUGAUUUUUCUUUAGUGGGGUUUGAUUGUAUGACCUUAGAAUUGACUGGUUCUUAAGUGGAUAGAGAUGGGGAAGUUUGACGUUUUGGUUUCUUGCCCACAAUUGUUUGUUGUUCAACUGUUCAAAGUUGCAAUCUUGGAGGUUGAUUGUAUACAAGUCUUUGCUUACUUUUCUGGAGCUGAAAUUGACAUGAGUUUUUGAUUUUAGGCUUUUGUCUUUCUGAUAAAGCUAUCAACUUUACUGAAUUUAGUGAUUCUUGAGUCUUGAGGUUCAUGGUUAGUAGGGCUGCUGGGAUUGUGUCUUAACCUGUUCUCCCUUCAGUGUUGUUUUUGAAUUGUAGGGUAAGAGAGAUUAGUGGUGGGAAGAUUUUAGUUGCAUCCGUUUUGGAUGUUGAUGAAAUGAGGGAUGUUAUCGAGGUUGAUAAAUUUCCUCAAGGCCUGUUGGCGACCAUCGUCCGAUGCCCAUGUGCAUUCGGGUUCUGAAGCUGCUGGGAGGCAAGAUGGGCUUCUUUGGUACAAGGAUAGCGGGCAGCAUCUUAUUGGGGAUUUCUCGAUGGCCGUUGUCCAGGCCAACAAUUUGCUCGAGGAUCAAAGCCAGAUCGAGUCUGGCUCUUUGAGCUUGCUCGAUUCUGGCCCGUUUGGAACGUUUGUAGGAAUAUACGAUGGCCAUGGAGGACCAGAAACUUCCCGCUACAUCAAUGAUCAUCUUUUCCAGAAUCUCAAGACAGGGUUUUCAGCAGAGCAAAAUGCAAUGUCAGUGGAUGUGAUACGGAAAGCGUUUCAGGCAACAGAAGAGGGAUUUCUUUCGGUGGUUGCCAAGCAGUGGCCAAUGAACCCGCAGAUGGCUGCUGUAGGAUCUUGCUGCCUUGUCGGGAUUGUUUGUGACGGGACCCUCUACAUUGCUAAUCUCGGAGAUUCACGGGCUGUCAUGGGGAGGCUUGUGAAGGCGACGGGGGAGGUUCUCGCCAUCCAGCUCUCGACUGAGCAUAACGCGAGUAUAGAGUCUAUUCGACAGGAGCUGCAUUCUAUGCAUCCCGAUGAUUCACAGAUUGUUGUUUUGAAGCAUAAUGUAUGGCGGGUGAAGGGCUUGAUUCAGGUUUCUAGAUCGAUUGGCGAUUUAUACCUCAAGAAGGCGGAGUACAACAAAGAGCCUUUGUACGCCAAAUUUCGCUUGCGGGAGCCGUUUGACAGGCCGAUAUUGAGCUCAGAGCCGUCGAUUUUGGUGCACGAACUUGAGCCGCAUGACCAAUUUCUCAUAUUUGCAUCUGAUGGUCUCUGGGAACACCUCAGCAAUCAAGAGGCGGUCGAUAUUGUACAGAAUGGCACUCGAAAUGGAAGUGCUCGGAGGCUCGUGAAAGCUGCGCUACAAGAAGCAGCGAAGAAAAGAGAGAUGAGGUACUCCGAUCUGAAGAAGAUAGACCGGGGCGUUCGUAGGCACUUCCAUGACGACAUCACCGUGGUGGUUCUGUUCCUGGACUCGAGCCUCGUGAGUAGAGCCAGUUCGCUAAGAGGCCCGACGCUAUCCGUGAGAGGCGGGGGGUUCAACGGGCCGGCGGCAAAAACCUUGGCUCCUUGUGGUUCUGCUGUAGCAACAGGGCUUGGGGCAUCCUAGAAAAAAAACAAAAACAAAACCUUUUCCUAUGUGGUAUACAACACCCUUUUCAGUGUCCUUUGUAACAUCCAUCCGUGUUUUGGUUAGUUAAUCAAAAGAAAAAAAAAAAAAACAACUAGAGAAGUCGCAGCUAAUCUUAAUUCUUUUGUUGUAAAAUGUAAUGCUUUUUUAGCUUUGGAACCGGCGUCUUCUUUAGUGUCUCAUCACCCAAAAGUUGAAUGAUAUAAUAGAGAUUUCUUGAGAUAGA